AUGGCAGACGCAAAAAUCCAAGAGCUAUUGGAAAUACAAAGCAAAUUGCUUGCAAUGCUCACUGAAGACAGCGCAAAAGGUCGAGGAAGCCUAAUGGAGAAUUUGGCUAGUCGUAUUGUUGAUUUUUGUUACGACCCGCAAAAUAACCUAACGUUCGAUGUGUGGUAUGCACGGCACGAAGAUGUGUUCAUCGUGGAUGGCAAAGACUUGGAUGAUCCAGCACGGGUUCGAUUGUUAAUGAGGAAGCUCAACCCUGUAGCAUACGGGAAGUACGCAACGUAUGUGUUACCAAAAAACCCAAGAGACCUAUCAUUCACUGAAACAGUGAAAACCCUGAAGGAGAUGUUCGGAUCGAAGGAGUCGAUUUUCAGCCUCAGAUACAAAUGUUUGCAAUUGACAAAAGAAGACCAAGAAGAUAUUGUAACAUAUGCGGCACGAGUAAAUGCAUGCUGUGAAAAUUCUAAGCUUGCAGACAUGACAGCUGACCAUCUAAAGAGCUUAAUUUUUGUAAUUGGCUUAAAAGGCAAGCAUGAUGCUGAGAUCCGCACAAAACUGUUAGCUGGUCUAGAAGACGAUUCAGAUCAGAAGUUGAGUAAGCUAGUCAGCACGGCAGGCCGUUUGUUAAAUCUGAAAAAAGACACGGUGAUGGUCGAACAGCCAAAUAAAAUCGUAAAUGCUAUUAGGACGCAGACUACCAGAAAUAAGAAGGUUGAAUCGGGUGUAAAAUUGAAGCAGAAUAAAGUUCCAAAAUCUCCAUGCUGGAAUUGCGGAGCAAUGCACUACGCAGAAAAUUGCGAAUUCAAAAAUCACAAAUGCACGCAGUGCAGUCGAACAGGUCAUAAAGAGGGUUAUUGCAACGCGCAGAGAAAAAAACCGCAGAAAGGAGCAUUCCAGAGCGGUAAAACACAAACCCAACAGCGACCGAAAAGCAACGCAGUGCAGGUAAAUUGCGUAAAUUUCGCCGCACGCCGGAAAUAUGUCGAGGUGGUUAUCAAACCGAUAACGUCAGCAGCAGCUGGCGGGGAAGGAAAAAGCUUCAAGCUACAGGUUGAUACCGCUUCCGAUGUGACGAUAAUUGUCAAAGAGAAUUGGCGUAAAUUGGGCAGUCCAGGAGUCAAGUUAAUUAACAGUCACGCCACGAGUGCAUCGAGGAAUAAAAUUCGCUUCAUAGCUGAAUUCCCUUGUGAACUUCAGCUUAACGGGGAAGUAAAACCAAUAAAGAUUCUUGUAGCAGAGUUUGAUUCUUUGAAUGUUCUAGGUACAGAUGCCCUUGACACUUUUGGUGUAUGGGACAAGCCGCUGAGUAGUGUAUGUUGUCAAAUCAAGCAAUCAAUACCGGCCAUUGAAGCUGCAGCUUUAACGGACAUUAAGGGAAGAUAUGCAGAUAUUUUUAGCGCUGUUCCGGCCAAAUGCAGCAAGGCAGUUGUUCAGCUACAUUUGAAACCAAAUGUACAACCGAUUUUUCGGGCGAAACGACCAGUGGCGUACGCUGUACAAUCUCUAAUAGAAACAGAAUUGAAUAGACUCGAGAACCUUGGAAUCAUAACACCAGUAGAAUUUUCCGACUGGGCAGCGCCGAUUGUAGCCGUUAGAAAAGCAACAGGCGGAGUACGAAUCUGUGGUGACUACUCAUCUGGGUUAAAUUCAGCACUACAACCACAUCAGUAUCCACUACCUACGGCGGAAGAUAUAUAUGCUAAAAUUGCCAACAGUCAUUGUUUUUCGCAUAUAGAUUUGGCAGAUGCAUAUUUACAGACGGCAGUCACGCCGGAGGCAGCGAAGCUGCUAACUAUAAAUACGCAUAAGGGUUUAUUCACAUUCAACCGACUUGCACCAGGGGUUAAAAGCGCACCAGGUGCGUUCCAACAAAUAAUGGAUACUAUGUUAGCGAACAUAGAUGCUACUGCAGCGUAUAUAGAUGAUAUAAUCGUUGGGGGCUCUACAUGGGAAAACCAUCUACAAAAUUUAUUCAAGGUCUUGCAAAGACUAAGAGAGUACAACUUCCACGUAAAGUUGGAAAAAUGUAAAUUUUUCGCGGCGGAGGUUAAAUAUUUGGGCAAUAUUGUGUCACAGAGUGGACUACGUCCAGAUCCAGACAAAAUCAGCGCAAUACUGAAAAUGCCACCGCCUACAAACAUUUCAGAACUACGAGCAUUUUUGGGUAGCGUAAAUUAUUACGGGAAAUUCGUUCGCAGCAUGAGCAGUCUGAGGGCACCUCUGGACGCACUACUUCAUGAUAAUGUGAACUUUGUAUGGACAUCGCAAUGUCAACAAGCUUUCGAGAAGUUCAAAAGCAUUUUGCAGUCCGACUUACUGCUCACGCAUUAUAAUCCGGAUCUUCCCAUAAAAGUGGCAGCAGAUGCGUCGAGCAAAGGCAUUGGAGCUUUCAUUUGUCACAUCAUGCCAGAUAGUACCGAAAAAGUUAUUGCGCACGCAGCAUGUACAUUAAGUUCAACCGAGCAGAAAUAUUCUCAGAUUGAGAAGGAGGCGCUAGCGUUGAUAUUUGCAGUAAAAAAGUUUCAUAGAUAUAUUUUCGGACGAAGAUUCAUAUUGUGGACAGAUCACAAGCCACUACUAUCCAUCUUUGGUAGUAAAAAGGGUAUUCCCGCACAUACUGCAAAUAGACUACAGAGGUGGGCACUUAUCCUCAUGCGGUAUGAUUAUGAACUACAAUACGUCAAUACGAAAAAUUUUGGGUGCGUGGAUACUCUAUCCAGGCUGAUGGAUAAAAAUGAGCAUGAAGAUAUGGUCAUAGCAUGCACGCAACUGGAACAAGAGAUAUUGGCCGAAGUCAACGACCAAAUCAGGAAACUUCCAGUCACGUUUAGUAUGGUACUACAAGCUACAAGCAAAUGCAAGCAACUACAAGAAGUUCUGAAAGCAUUGAAGUCUGGAUGGCCAGCGAAUGUGCCAUACGAUCUACUUCCUUAUCAUAGACGCAAAGAUUCUUUGAGUGCAGUGAGAGGAUGUCUACUUUUCGGAGAGCGGAUUAUUAUCCCAGAUUGUCUGCGAAAACGCGUUUUAUGCCAAUUACAUCGGGGACACCCUGGGAAGGAGAGGAUGAAAUCUAUAGCGAGAGGGCAUGUUUUUUGGCCUGGCAUAGACGAAGAAAUCGUGUCGUUCGUACGAAAUUGUCAACCAUGUGCGAUGGCAGCAAAAUCGCCUAUAAAAUCUACACUUCACUCAUGGCCGCUAGCAACAAGGCCUAUGGAGCGGUUGCACGUAGAUAUCGCUGGACCUUGUAAUGGAGACUACUACUUCGUGAUAAUUGAUGCCUACUCUAAAUGGCCAGAGAUUUUUCAAACCGCUAGCAUAACCUCAUCAGUGAUUAUUGAAAAAUUGGAUGAGACAUUUGCAAGGUAUGGGAACUGUGACACCAUCGUAUCUGACAAUGGAACACAAUUUGUGAGCGCACAAUUCCAACAAUUUGUGAAGAUGCGAGGAGUGAAUCACGUCAGAACAGCGCCAUAUCACCCACAAUCCAACGGACAGGCAGAACGGUUCGUGGAUACUCUAAAGAGGGCGUUAACUAAGCUUAAAAGCGAAGGAACGAGUGUAGAGAACUUACAAACAUUUCUACAAACGUACAGGUCCACUCCAACCCCGAAUGUACCAAAUGGUGAAACACCAGCAGAAGCAUUCUUAAAAAGGAAAAUUAAAACAUCAUUGAACUUGUUAAACCCACCGGAAUUGCAGCAUCAACCGCAAAGAAACGCAAAGCAAGAGCAACAAUUUAAUACGAAGCACGGUGCGAAGCCAAGACACCUGGCAGCAGGGGAUUUGGUGUAUGUUAGAACAUAUAAGAAUAACAGAAAGCGCUGGGCCCCAGGCACCAUUAUCGAGAGAAUUGGCGGCGUAAACUACAACGUUUUACUCUCUGUAAAUCAAAGACUAAUUCGAGCGCAUAUAAAUCAGUUGAAAAGACGACUUGCUGACAAGGGAUCACCGUCAACGGAGGUUACAAAGUUCUUAUGUGACAGUUUCGAUCUCUACCAAGUACCACAGCACCGGCAACAAGCGGUAGAUAAUGGCGACACACGGCAACCUCCAGAAUCGUCAGAAACGCAUGACCGACUUGAGGUUCCAGUACAGUUACAGGACGAUCGCGAGCGGGUCGCAGUAGAAGAUCCAGCUGUUCCCGAUAGAUCUCCUACCCGAAAUGCGUUGGAGAUGCAAACGGCAAGCGAAGCGAGACCGGGCCGAAUAAAGAAGAAGCCGACAUGGAUGCGUGACUAUGACGUUUCUUAA